AUGAAGCAAGUUAAAUUCGUCCCACACCAAUCUCAAUGGACCGAUGAAGAGUUUCAAGCCAUGGUUGAAGGCGUUGAGAACGACAUAGACGGCGAACUUGAAGGAGCUCAAACCACAAUUGCAACCAAAAUUGCACAAGUCAAGGAACAGAUAGCUCCACUUAAAGCUACCAAAGCUACUCUUGACCUCAUGGAUAGUUACCGUUUAGAUGUCAAGA